GACGAAUACACAUCUUUCUUGAAGUUGCGAGCCCAAAACUAAACAGUAAACGUACCUUGGUAAUUAUUGAUCUAGGAUUAAUAAACCCAAGGUUAUAUAGUACCAUUAUUAUCACUUUUAACAAGGAAAUAAACAUAUAGCUGGAUGGAAAAAAAGGCUACACAUAUAUACGUGGAGGUGAUUCUCCCAGUGGCUUUCGACAGAUGUUCUUCAGAAAAUCACUGCUGUGAUGGUUGAUCCCCUGUCUCCGGAGGCAGACCGUAUCUUCUGGAAAGCUUCGGCUGAUGGUCGCUUCACUACGAAGACUGCCUACCAUUUGAGUCAGCCAGGGCGGUCAGAGCAGAACGACCAGAUCUGGAAGGACAUCUGGAAGCUUCCAACUCCAGAACGGGUCAGAGUUUUUGCCUGGCUGGUUUCUCUUGAUCGGAUUGCUACCAAUGUGUUACGUUUUUGCAGGAGAUGCAGUGACUCCCCGAUGUGCGCCAGAUGCGAUGACAUUCCCGAGACAGUGGUUCACGUUUUGCGCGACUGCCCGCCAGCUCGUUUUUGUUGGUCGCGGUGGGUUCCAGUUGACAGACAGAUGGAGUUUUUUCACAGGGGGCAAGAAGACUGGCUUCGUAGCAAUCUCAGUAACGAGGACAGGAUGGAGUCUGGGCUUGCGUGGAAUGAGUUCUUCAGCAUUGCUAUCUGGCUGAUUUGGAAGAACAGGUGCACGGCGUGCUUCAAGGGGGUUGGCAAAGCCUUCACAGCUCCGACUUUGGCGCACUCGAUUCAGCACAAAUCCCUUCUUUGGCACAAGGCUUGGGAGGCGCCCUCUAUUAAGCCAGGUCGGCCAUCCUUGCAGGGGGAUAAGAUCACAGAACUGAUCAGUUGGCACCCUCCGAGCUCAGGAUGGCGCAAACUGAAUAUUGAUGGAGCCUCAGCCGGGAACCCGGGGACGGCAGGGGCUGGUGGGGUGAUCAGGGAUGAGCAAGGGAGGUGGAUUGCUGGCUUUGUGGCUAAGAUUGGAGAAGCGACUGCAGUAUUAGCAGAACUGUGGGCCUUUUAUCAUGGCUUGGACCUGGCUUGGAGAAUUGGUUGCGACAGUCUGGUGAUUGAGACCGACUCUCAGUUAGCUAUCCAGUUGAUAAACAACCGGCGAGACCCAGUGCACCCUUAUGCCUCGCUGCUUGAUGCUAUCAGGAGGAAAUUAGCUCAGAGUUGGCUGGUUAGGGUAGUUCAUACGUAUCGAGAAGGGAAUAGAGUCGCGGACUGGCUCUCGAAGCACAGUCUCGUCUAUCCCUACGGUACGCAUGAACUCUCUGAUCCGCCGAGGGAGCUUAUCCAGAUUCUUAGAGAUGAUGUUAGAGGUGUGUCUUUUGAGCGCCAAGUGAGUGCGCCUAUUGUCAUGUAAUCCUCCCUCUUUCUUUCUUGGCCUCGGCCUCCCUUAUUACAAAAAAAAAAUAUACGUGGAGGUGAAAGGUGUAUAAUAAUGAUGCCAUGUGCAA